GUCAAUGUCAUUAGCUUCCACGCGAUCGUUGCAUUGCGUACAGUUUUCAUUUCAUCAUUCUGAAAAAGCUAAUUUAUUCGCCAACAGAUGUACAACAUCUGUUUCUGAUAAAUGAAAAAGUUAUUCGCGCUAGUUUAUCAGUGUAGUGCAUUUAGAAAACACUUACCCGUCGUCCACAACCAGCUAAGAUUCUCUCACGAUCUUCAGCAGUGGGGCAGUAAGAAAACUCACCGAAAGAUUAAAAUACCGAAUCCCUUUCGAGAAGUAAUUAUGGCUGAUCCGAAAGUUGAAGAAAUCCUGGCACCCUUGCGUGCGCUCGUCAAAGAACAAGGAGACUUAGUUCGAAAACUCAAACAAGAAAAGGCUCCUGAAAUAGACAUCAAAAAAGCUGUUGCCGAGUUGAAGACCAGGAAAAAAGUUUUAGAGGAUAAAGAACUCGCAUUGGCUCCAUCUGAAGAAUUGUUUGACCGCUCCAAAAUGGAAGACCUUAUAAAGAGAAGAUUCUUCUAUGAUCAAUCUUUUGCUAUUUAUGGUGGCAUAACUGGCCAAUUUGACUUUGGGCCCAUGGGAUGUGCAUUAAAAAGCAACAUGAUUCAACUGUGGAGAAAAUACUUCAUUCUCCAAGAACAGAUGUUGGAAGUUGAUUGUUCCAUACUGACACCUGAACCUGUGCUCAAAGCAUCUGGACAUGUAGAGAGGUUUGCAGAUUUGAUGACUAAAGACAUUAAAACUGGGGAAUGUUUCAGGCUAGAUCACCUGAUCAAAGCUCAUCUUGAAAAAAUUAAAAGUGAAAAGAACACCAAGAAUGAGUUAAAAGCAGAAAUUGAAGAUAUUCUGGUUAAACUUGAUGGUAUGACUGCAGAUGAAAUGUCAGCACUAAUGAAGAGGUUUGACAUGAAGUCUCCAGUCAGUGGCAAUGAACUUACACCUCCAAUUGAAUUCAAUCUCAUGUUCAACACCCAGAUUGGGCCUUCCGGACUUGUAAAAGGCUUUCUGAGACCUGAAACAGCCCAAGGAAUAUUUGUCAACUUUAAACGCUUGCUGGAGUUCAACCAAGGCCGCCUGCCAUUUGCAGCAGCCCAAAUUGGAAACUCAUUCAGAAAUGAGAUUUCACCUCGUUCUGGCUUAUUGAGAGUUAGAGAAUUUACCAUGUGUGAGAUUGAGCACUUCUGUGAUUCAAAAGACCACCCAAAGUUUGAAUCAGUCAAAGAUACACCCAUGCUGUUGUACUCUGCAGAUAACCAAGAACAGGGAAGGCCUGCUGAAAUAGUAACUAUUGGAGAGGCAGUUUCUAAAGGAAUUGUCAAUAAUGAAACACUGGGUUACUUUAUGGCUAGAAUCCAUUUAUAUUUGUUGGCAGUAGGCAUUGACCCCAAGAAGUUGAGGUUCAGACAACAUAUGGGAAAUGAAAUGGCUCAUUAUGCAUGUGACUGUUGGGAUGCUGAGUGCUUGUCGAGCUAUGGGUGGAUAGAAUGUGUUGGCUGUGCUGAUAGAUCAGCCUAUGACUUGACUCAACACAGCAAGGCUACAAGUGUGAGACUAGCUGCAGAAAAGAAACUACCAGCUCCAAAGCAAAUAGAAGUGGUUGAAGCUGUGGCUAACAAAGCUGCUAUUGGUAAGGCAUUCAAGAAAGAUGCCAAGGCCAUAAAUGAUGCCUUAGCCAAUAUGGAUAAUGUGGCCCUAGAGGAGCUUCAGCAGAAACUGAAUGAUUCUGGAGAAUAUGCACUGGUGACUCCUAACGGUGAGUUUAAAUUGACUCCAGAUCUUGUUAGUGUGAAGAAGACCCAAAAAACAGUCCAUGUGGAAGAAAUAAUUCCAAGUGUAAUAGAGCCUUCCUUUGGUGUUGGCAGAAUCCUCUAUUGCAUACUGGAACAUAACUUCAAGAUGAGAGAAGGUGAUGAACAAAGGACCUAUUUUGCCUUACCUCCCACAGUUGCACCAAUGAAAUGUGCAGUCUUACCUCUGAGUGGUAACAAUGAGUUCCAGCCAUUUGUGAAAGAACUGUCGCAAGAGCUGACCAUGGUAGAUGUUUCUCAUAAAGUGGAUGAUUCCUCAGGCUCCAUUGGGCGCAGAUACGCAAGAACGGAUGAACUAGGUGUCCCAUAUGCUAUAACUGUUGAUUUUGAUACAAUCAAAGAACCUCAUUCUGUUACCCUGAGGGAAAGAAACAGCUUGAGCCAAGUCCGGCUGCCACUGGCUGAUGUUCCAGCUGUUGUGAGAGAUCUUUCAAACAGUAAGGUGUCAUGGAAUGACAUUGAACAGAAAUAUCCCAAGUUUGAACAACAAGAAAAUGCUAAGGGAGUUGCUGCUUAAGUCUAACAAUGAUGACAAAAUAUUGUUUAUUCAGCUGCAUUUGUAUUAAGUUUAUCACUGAAAUAUAGUUGCUUAUUUAUUC